UUUAAAAACGAUGAAAAUCCUGUCUGUAGUAUGACUAUAAAUUCUGAGUUUUCCAAUUUCAUUGAACAUUGUUAUUUGUUAAACAGGUAAAGGUAUUUGUUCUGUUAAUAUCAAUAAUUAGCUUUACCGAUAAAGUAUGCUCGAUUUCGACACAUUUUCAAAUUUUACAAAGUUUGCGCGCUUGUCUUUUUUGUCAAAUGGUAAAUCAGAAAGAUAUUAUUGACGAUUUGUGUUGACUAAUGUUAGUAGUUUAUAGAAAAGUUAAAGACAUGUGCCAAUCAAGUGCCACGAUUUUGAAAUAAGCUUUCAAAGUUGAUAUAUUUUGAGACGAUAUCCGUUAUCCGUUCAAGAAGGGUCAAUAACUGCACUUUUUUCUAUUUUAUACCAAAGAAUAAUUAUCUCAGUCAUAUCACCAACGAAUAUAGAAGGAUAAGUCUAUAUUUCUGAGUAAAAAGUUUGAAAUUUAGGUAUGAAUUUGAUUGAAAAAAUAGCACUGAAAAUAUGUCGAUAUUUUGCCCUCAUUCGGAGUUCAAGUUGGUCAACAGCCGAUCGAACAUCAAUCGCCCCCAAAAAUAAUUUAAAGGAAAUUUGAGUAAAAUUAAAUCGAUUUUAGUUGUUCCCAAGGAUAGAUAUUCAAAAUACUAGAGUAUGAGAGAAAUCUAUUUUUGAGCCCCAUAUUGACCUGGAGGUUUUUACGGAGACAGCCUUAAAUGUUUGAAUAUCAAUCGAGGUUUUUUUGAAUCCAGAAUUUCCCAAUUUAUUUUAUGAGCAAAUACGGAAAAUAAUUACGUGCGACUAUUGUUUUGCUUCCCACGCUGUUUUCUCUUUUCCAAGCUUGUGAUAGGUUACAGCCAAAUUGAUUUGUUUGAAAGAUAAACUUUAUCAAGAAUUUUGCAACCUGAGCAGGUCCAAACGCAAAUAUUGAUUAUAAAAUAGCCGCAUCCACUUUGCAGUCCCCACAGACGAAAGUAGGCACUUGUCUGAGACGGUGCUUUUGCGAUUGUUUGAAUUUUGAAAAGGAAAUCCUAUUGCACGAUGCAGCAGCGGAAAAUGCUUAUUAGCAUUGCAUUUUGUGUGCUAAUGUGGGGUGCGUCUCAAGUGCAGGCUUUGGGUUCGAUACAACCAUCGCCUUCGUUCACAGCAGCCCAAACGGGUAAGUUUUUGGUUUAGCUUUGUGUUGUGUUGUAGACCUAUCCUGGUAGUUUAACCGUCGGAUAAGUUCAACAAAUGCUGGUUUCCUAAAAUGGUAAAGACAACAGGGUCCAUAGCGGUUUUUGAAAUCCUUGAAAAGAUCUUUGAAAAACUUUCGGAUUGUAUAUGAAAAAGUUAAUUAACUAUUUGCUAUAUACGAUUUCAUAGCUAAUAAAUCCGAUAGACUGCUGUUAAAUUCUCACAAACAUCGACCAGAAGACGCAUAUUAGACCGAGGGACAAAGCAUAAAAAAUUACCGAACAAAAAUUACCGGAUAAAAAAUGUUUGAUUGCUCUCAAAAGUCUUUGAAAAGUCUAAGGCAAAAAAAUUUAUGCCUUAGUUUACGAACCCUGUAUAUUAAAGUAAAGAGAUUCAAAAUUUUGCAAGUCAAACAAGCACGUUAAAAACAGGACCUUGUGAAACUUUGAAAACUCGAUAAAUUGUUUGCAGUUAAGGUGUGAGCGGGAACAUACGGUUAAUCAAGGCCGGUUUUAUAUAAGCAAAACACACAAAAAACGGCCCUAGAAAAGUGGGAAAGCAAUUCAGAUUUAUCUUGAGCCCGCCGCCCCAAUAUUGAUUAUAGGGAGUUUAAAAUGCCGACAACGAACAACGGGUAUGGAUCGAGUACGGUUGAAAGCUGGUUUAUGCAUUGCUUUAACAGAGGCAGACAAAAUUUACAAAUCCCCAGAGUGUACUUUUCACCGUAGCGACCUUGAGUAUACAGCGUAAAAAUCACAUUCUUGUGUUGUAAAACAGAAUCAAGAACAUAGCACCGAAACUGACUACCGGCAGAUUGGAGAGUAUUUUUAUGAAGAAAUGAUGAAAAUUAAAAGAUGAAACUUACCGAACGCAAACUUAUGCACAUAAAACAUCUGGGUUAAAUCUGUCAUGACAAGCAUAUAGUAUUUGCAUACAUAUAACAAAAACUAUUUCAAACCUAGUCGGUAGUUCGUCGUCAAGAUCUUUUAUAUAAACUCCCUAAUAUAUAACAUCCGGCCCCCUAGCUUGUGCUUCAUCCUUUUCAUUGUUCAUCCUAUGCUUGCCCCAACCUGUUUACUAUGCCUGCCCCAACCUGUUUAUAAAUCAUUUCAAUACGUUCAUUUCAAUUAAAAUUAGGACAAAGCAGAAUCGAAUUCCAGUGGGCGUUGGAUUAUCCAUCCAUUGUUUUCGACAUGUCCCGCACUGUUUGAAAGCCUGUUUGUCAGAUAGUAUAUUAAAAUUGCAGUAUGAAUAACCUGUCAAAAACUUGAUGAACUUUCUUUCGUUUUUUUGGCGGGUUUUUUAUUAAUUAACUUUACAAUCAUAUUAUAUAAAAAAUACACAUACAGCUAUGAUUGACGGAUUAGACAACAGAACUAGAAUCCCAUACUAAGUCCAUCCAUCUAACACUAAAACACGGCAUAUUAUAAUACGGACUAUAGCUACAAACUGGACAACAUAAUACUGAUUUUACAGGCCUUUACACUAUAUAAAACAUGCAAGAAUAAAUACAUAACUACACUACUGUGAAAUUAUUUGUGAGGUUUAACUUUAACUCCCCUCAACACCACUAUAGUUAGAAACCACUAACCACUUACAUGCAAAUGGGUCAGCGCGAGGUAGUGAUAGCGAUAUAAAUGGAAGUCAACUAAGUGACUCCAGCCAUUUUACAUCAGACUUUAGUCAUUACAACACGUAUUUUACAAUAUAAACAUGCAGGAAUAAACACUACACUAAUUACAUUAAGGUGAUUAUUCAUAAUAAUAAUGGCUCAACAUAAUUUUUCUUAAAUUGUCAAAAUAAUUGAUUAUGUACUAAGAGAAAUCAUUUUUUAAAAUAAAAUUUGGGAGUCACCAAUGUCGUUUACGAGUUAAAUUACUUGAAAGCCAAAAUAUCCGCCAUCUUGAAACGUCACUGUUGCCAUAGCAACUGCAGUUGCGUAACGUUUGUGCAAAAAUUCUAACUCUUUAGAUAUUGUUCUACAGUAUAUAAGUAAGGUACUUUUUGUUUAUCAACAAGUAAUAAUUGUCCAAAAAUAAGCAUCUAAAUUGUGAAUGUUUCAUUCUCUUAAAAACUGUAUUGAGCCACCUUAUUAAACUGCAUUUAGAAAAUGUUCGUCUUCAUGAAUAAACAAGCCAUGCCAGUUUAUGUACAGACCUCUUUCCUUGUUUCCAUUGUUGAACUACCUGUAUACAGGGUGUGCAAAAGAAACGAGACCUAAUAGAAAUCAAGCUGUUGUUGGAAUUUGAAUGGAUAGCACUAUUCUCAAUUCACGGGGCGUAAAACAGAAUAGAAAUGAAAUUUAUGCAUGACGAAGUUAUUUAAAACUCUAAUUUGAUUUCGUCGAAAACAUGAAUCAGAACGUAAAACAGCAAAAGCUCGUUGCUUUGUGAUCAGUUGAACCAUUUUUAUCAGUUCGCAGUGGCGGAAAUCUUGGGGGCGGGCGGGGGCGUCUGCCCACCCACCUUCCGCAAAAUUGACGAAUUUUCGGAAAUUUUGAUCGAAAAGAGGGUUAAAAACAGUCUUUUCGAGUGCAAAUGGGGGGUAUGUCGGAAAUUUGAAAGUUUUGUCGGAAAUUUGGGAGGCUUUGCCCCUCCCCCCCCCCGGAAAAAGUGAAUUUCCGCCACUGUCAGUUCGAACUGAUAUUAUAAAUAAUUAGGAAUACUAAUAGUAAGAGUCAUAAAAGCCUCGGCUCGAGUUUGUAUAUCAGAUACAGAUCGGCUGCUCAUGUUUUAUCUAGUACUUAUGACCUUUCCACAGACGUUGAGAACAUUUCUGAAUUUUUAUUUAUUUAGCCAAACAGAGUGUUGAUGUCUCUUCUGGAGGUAUUAAGCAUCGAACUAAAUUGUGUUUUAAUUAACUUAACACAUUUUAAAAUUGUAAAAAAUAUAAAUGCAUGCAAAAAGUUGAAUGAAGUAAUAAAACUUCAAUUUAAAAAUUAACCAUAGUGUUUUUAGGGUGUGAAACAUUUCUCACACUCCAGAAUCCAUCACAUCAUUUCACAUUACCAUAUCCAUGGUAAGGAAAUAAAAAUUAGUCUGGAAAUUGGACUAUUUUCAACUGUGAUCGGUACUAUUACCAGUGCUUGAGAUAUUUGCUUUGCAAUUUUAGUCGUACGACUUGUUGGUGGUUCUCGCAAUGCUGGACGGGUAGAGGUUUACUAUCUGGGUCAGUGGGGAACAGUCUGUGAUGACAGUUGGGACAUAAACGACGCUCGUGUUGUCUGCAGACAGCUUGGUUUUCAACAUGCUCAAAAUGCCUACCAAGGUCGGCAUUUUCCCGAUGGAACUGGACGAAUUUGGCUUGACAAUGUUCAAUGUGGAGGUCACGAGUCAUCGCUAUUUUCAUGUAGACAUUCGGGGUGGGGAAAUCACAACUGUGGUCACGGCGAAGAUGCUGGUGUUCGCUGUGGAAGCACUGGAGGUGAGAAUAAUGAUAAAGAAUGACGUUAGUGAACAUACAGAAGAAAGUGAGAAUGCAUUUAAUGAUAUGCGUUUGCAUCAUAUAUGUAUGAUAUGCGAGUGUUUCACCCUUGUGAAUUGUAUUCAAUGUAUGCAGCAUGCAUAUUGUAUUUUCAUUAUUGUUCGUCAUGUGUGCAUGCGUUCCAGUUUACCAUGCAGGGGUAUAAACGAGAGAGGGCCCAGAGGGCUAGGCGGCCCCUCUCUUGUUGGAAGCUCAGGGGGGGCUGAGUUCUCCCCUCCCUUUCCGUUCCAUGUUUAUCAUGCUGUACCCUUCACACCUUGUAUCACUGGAUCAAUAAUGAGGGUCCUUUCUUUCAUUUUUUACAGCGCAUUCCUCCGUCAUCAGACCUUCUGGCACUGUAAAUGUACAAGGUAAAUUUGAUUCGUUAAAUCCAAGUAAUGGAUUUUUAUGAGGAUAAGCAAAUGAAAACAAGCAUUUUAAAGUGACUAUGCCAUGAACAAGCAAUCGAGUGAUUGAUGAGCGUGGGUCAUGAAUUCCGGCGAUGCUCAGCAACUAGUAAGUUCUGAAGUAUCCGUGUUCCCAGCCUUGCAGCCGCAAUAGGAAGAAGGUUGAAUUCGGGGGAAGGCAUUAAUAGAAUAUUUACUGUAUAUUAUUGAUAGACUAAUGAAUUAUAUCUUAAAAUGAAUAGACUGUAACGCUAUAGAUUGUAACCAAUAUUUGUAAAACUCAUUAAUAAUUCGUGAAGAAAUUAGAAAACACAAAAGAAAUCAUGAGCGUGAAGGAGUUUGUAUAUCUGAUACAGAAUCAUGCUGAUUUACAUAAACUUUAUGUUCAAUUUUCUCACCAAAUAUCAUUAAUUUAUUUUGAAUUGUUGAAAAAUAUGAAUGUUCUCAUCAAGACGUUUCACAAAUCAUUUACAACAUUCGCGUUCGUGUUGUAUUGGAUAGUACAAACCCUUGCCUUCGGUACAACAUCCAAUACAACACGGCCGCCCCUGCCCUUUGGUUACAGAUUAUUUUUUCUGGCAAACUCAGGAAACCAAAUAACUCAUUGUUUUCAUUUUAUUCAGCAUCGCAAACUGUUUGUCCGUAUUGGCAGUUCAGAUGUAAUAAUGAUGACGAAUGUAUAAAUCGUUAUGAGCUGUGUGACGGAUAUUGGGAUUGUUCUGAUGGCAGUGACGAAUGGACUUUGAACUGCAGUAUGUAUAUAGUUGUACUGAAAAGUCGUUAAUAAUUCAUGAGGAAAAUUCAAAAGAUAUUCAAAAGGUCACUACUACAGGAACUGCAUGUGUUUCCGUUGAAAUAAAUUUAGGAUUUUAAAAAUGUUAUCAAAAUAGAAUUGCAAAUUAAAUUUGGUUUUAUUUUGUUUUGUUUUUGCAGGAUCCUCCAUAAACCCUUUCCCAACUUCAAGCGUACAAGGUGAAUUAAAAUAUAUAUGCAAAACAAUAAUUUUAUUAUAUAGUUCAUGAUUAUUUAUAAUGAUUGAUAAUUUGAUAUCUAGGUGAUUACUGAUCUUAGAUAUUAUAACUAUAGCUUGCUUUAUUCAUAAUUUUUAUUGUAGAUAAUAGAUUAAUAUUAGUAUGAUUACAUGGAUAAACCUGUAUAUAAUAUUAUGACAUUUCCACAGACGUUGAAAACAUUCCCGAAUUUUUAUUUAUUUAGCUAAACAGGGUGUUGAUGUUUCUUCUGGAGGUAUUAAGCAUGAAACUAAAUUGUUUUUUAACGUUAAAAUAACAAAAAAUAUAAUGGCAUGAAAAAGUUAAAGAACAUAAUAUAAGUAGAGUAUAAAACCAAUUCAUUUUAAAAUUUAACCAUUGUAUUUCUAGAGUCCAUCACAUUAUUUCAUAGGCCAUAGUAUGGAAAUAAAAAUUAGUCUGGAAAUUGGACGAUUUUCAACUAGGAUUAGUGCUAUUCUAUAGUAAGGAUUUUGAACAGUAAUAUUAGUGUCUGAGAUGUACUUAAAGUUUGCUUUCCAAUUGUAGUCGUACGACUUGUUGGAGGAUCUUACGAUGCAGGAAGGGUAGAGGUUUAUUAUAACGGUACAUGGGGAACAGUCUGUAAUGAUAGUUGGGACAUAAACGAUGCUCGUGUUGUCUGCAGACAACUUGGUUUUCAACAUGCUCAAAAUGCCUACCAAGGUCGGCAUUUUCCCGAUGGAACUGGACGGAUUUGGCUUGACAAUGUUCAAUGUGGAGGUUAUGAGUUAUCCCUGUUUUCAUGCAGACAUUCUGGCUGGGGAAAUCACAACUGUGGUCACAGCGAAGAUGCUGGUGUUCGAUGUGGUAGCACUGGAGGUGAGAAUAAAUGAUAAAGAAUGAUUUUGUGAAUAUACAGAAGAAAGUGAGAAUGCAUUUAAUGAUAUGUGUUUGUAUCACAGGAUCAAUAAGGGGUGACCUUUCCUUUAUUUUUAACAGGGCAUUCCUCGGCCAUCAGACCUUCUGGCACUGUAAAUGUACAAGGUAAAUCCAAGUAAACUGUAUGACUAUAUAGAUGCUAAACAAAACAAAUAGCUUUGAUUAACCAUUCACCACGCAAUUUGAUUCGUUAAAUCCAAGUAAUAGAUUUUUAUGAGGCCACGAAUUCAGGUGAAGUUCAGUAUGCUCUAAAAUAUUAGUCCCCAGCCAGCAUUUACUGUAUAUUAAUGAUAAACGAAUAAAUUACACUGUAUAUCCGGCUUAUGAUGAACAACCAGACUGUAACGCUAUUGAUGCUUAAAAAACAAUUCAACUGUAACUACAAGUAUGCAUAACGAUUGAAAGAAUAAAAAUCUUGAGAAACACCUCCUGGUUUUAGAUUUAUCAAAAUCUUGAGUAACCACGCAUUUUAUGUUAAUCUUAUUCAGCAACACAGAUUAGUUGUCCAUCAUGGCAAUUCAGAUGUAACAAUGGACAAUGUAUCAGUUUUAGUAAUCAAUGCGAUGGAUAUUGGGAAUGCUCUGAUGGAAGUGACGAGUGGUAUUGUGGUAUGUAGUUUUGUUACGAUUGCAAUAUUACAACUUGUUGUUAAGAUCAGAUAUGGCUAUCCUGCAUAAACAAAGUUACUUUAGUUUAGUUUAGUUUCUGUUUCCUUCUGCAGUAAUACUGGAUCAACAAAGAACAGUUUAGAACAGAUAGAGCUAUCCAGUAUAAGUAAAGUCAGUAAUUAUGAAAUAUAAAUUAAAUUAUUGAUCUUUUCUUAUAGGAAGUCAAACCAGCGCAGUAAUUCAGCCUUCGGCAACUGGUAAGUUAUAUAAUGUCAAGACUUCCAAUUGGUUUCUUCAGUAGCUUGUGUGUUAUUUAUAAUUGAUGAACUUCAUUCAGUUGCUAGUUGUUGUUUUCUCGUAGUCGUUCAACUGGUUGCUAGUAACCUUCAUCCUGCUAAUAUAUUGUAAGGCACUCUACUUCGUCCACUAAUUUUACUAGCAUAAUGACCCAGGUUGGGCUGUUAGGUUCAUGUCAAUUUGUAUUUUUCUCUGGACGAAGAAUGAAAUUUUCUCAUAUAGCUACAACCCCCAGCCAGAAUUCGUCUCGCUUGUUAGGAAAUCUCGUUUACUGAGAUAGCUCAGCUUCAGACAUGCAUGUUUCCUUUUACAGAACAAUCUCCGAUAGUCACUGCAUCAAUACAGUAUUGUGACAGUCACCGGCAUUUCCGAUGCAGAAAUGGUGAAUGUAUUGAUCGAUCCUUUGUUUGUGAUAGUAGACAUCAUUGUUAUGAUGGUAGUGACGAAGAUAACUGUACUUCGAGAGGUUAGUUUUUAAUCCUUCCUGGAGUUUAUUAUCCUGAUUUAUUUCACUUUGCGCGAAAGAAAUAUGGAAUUUCAAUAAUGCAUUAAAAUUUGUCAUUUUAGACGUACGACUUGUGGGUGGUUCUCACAAUAAAGGACGGGUAGAGAUUUACCAUCAGGGUAGAUGGGGAACAGUUUGUGAUGAUGAUUGGGACAUCAGAGAUGCUCGUGUUGUCUGCAGACAGCUUGGUUUUCAAGAUGCAGAGGCAGCUUACCAAGGUCGUGAUGUUCCCGAUGGAACUGGACAAAUAUGGCUUGACGAUGUUUAUUGUAGAGGUUAUGAGUCAGCGCUAUUUUCAUGCAGACACCCUGGCUGGGGAACUCACAACUGUGGUCACAGUGAAGAUGCUGGUGUUCGCUGUAGCGGCACUGGAGGUGAGAGUAAAUUUAAAAAAUAACAUUAACAUAUUCACUACGUACUACGUGCUACGACAAUUGUGGUUCUUUUCCAGGACGGAACAUGACAACGCCACAGCCGACAUCGCAACCAACGAAUGCAUCAAGGUAUUGUGAGUCCUGGGAAUUCCGCUGCAGAAAUGGUCAAUGUGUUCAUCGAUCAAGGUUGUGUGACGGUGGGCGUGACUGCAAUGAUGGAAGUGACGAAGAAAGGGUUGUCUGUGGUAAUUCAACAGAUUGGUUUUUAGUCCCUCGGGGUUUUGCAUUUCUAAUUUGUCUUUGGAAUUGACGAAUAUUCACUCCUAUGACAAUCGUUGUUCUUUUUUAGGAUGGAACACGACAACGCCAUCGCCGACAUGGCAACCGACGAAUGCAUCAAGGCAAUGUGCGCCCUCGCAAUUCCGCUGUACAAAUGGUCAAUGUAUUGAUCUAUCUUGGGCGUGCGACGGUGCUUAUAACUGUGCUGAUAGAAGUGAUGAAUCUUUGUGUAAUUCUGCAGGUUAGCAAGUCGGUACCAUUUUACUAGUUUAUUUUGUUCUGAUUUCUUUCACUUUUGCGCGCGCAAUCCAAAAACAUCCAAAAUUGAUUCAUUCACUCGUCUAUGGUUCACACCUGUUCCAAUGUCAGUUUAUUCAGUUUAUUUUACUAACUUUUUUAACACUCAGCCCCAGACCAAAGUCCUGCAUAUUAACGACGCAACUACGUGUAACAAGGAAUUGUUCCCUUUAAUUCCGCUGUGUGGAGUUUGUUUAAUUAAUAUUCAAUUUUAGAAGUACGACUUGUUGGUGGUUCUCACAAUGAAGGACGGGUAGAGGUUUACUAUAAGGGUCAAUGGGGAACAGUUUGUGAUGACAACUGGGACAUAAACGAUGCUCGCGUUGUCUGCAGACAGCUUGGUUUUCAAGAUGCAGAGGCAGCUUACCAAGGUCGUAAUGUUCCAGAUGGAACUGGACGAAUAUGGCUUGACGAUGUUUAUUGUAGAGGUUAUGAGUCAGCGCUAUUUUCAUGCAUACAUUCUGGCUGGGGAACUCACAACUGUGGUCACAGUGAAGAUGCUGGUGUUCGCUGUAACGGCACUGGAGGUGAGAGUAAAUUUGAAAAAUUACAUUAACAUAUUCACUCCUAUGACAAUCGUCGUUCUUUUCCAGGACGGAAUAUGACAACGCCACGGCCAACAUCGCAACCAACGAAUGCAUCAAGGCAUUGUGCGUCCUGGGAAAUCCGCUGCAGAAAUGGUCAAUGUAUUGAUCGAUCAAGGUUUUGUGACGGUAAUUAUGACUGUGGUGAUGGAAGUGACGAAGACUGGGUUGUCUGUGGUAAUUCAAUAGAUUUGUUUUUAGUUUCUCAGAGUUUUGUAUUGCCAAUAUGUUUUUGGGAUGGUCGAAUAUUCAGUCCUAUUACAAUCGUUGUUCUUUUUUAGGACGGAACACGACAACACCAUCGCCGACAUCGCAACCAACGAAUGCAUCUAGGCAUUGUGAGUCCUCGCAAUUCCGCUGUACAAAUGGUCAAUGUAUUGAUCGAUCGUGGGCGUGCGAUGGUGUUUAUAACUGCGCUGAUAGAAGUGACGAAUCUUUGUGUAAUUCUGCAGGUUAGCUAGUCGGUACCAUUUUACUAGUUUAUUGUUGUGAUUUCUUUCACUUUUGCGCACGCAAUCCAAAAACAUCCAAAAUUAAUUCAUUCACUCAUCUGUCUAGAUGUCUAUGGUUUGCACCAGUUCCAAUGUCGGUUUUAUUCAGUUUAUUAUACGACCUUUCUAACACUCAGUCCCAGACGAAAGUCUUGAAUAUUAAUAACGCAACUACGUGUGAUAAGGAAUUGUUCCUUUAAUUCUGUUGUACAUACACAUGUGCUUACGUACUGUACAGUUUGUCCAAUUAAUAUUCAAUUUUAGAAGUACGACUUGUUGGUGGUUCUCACAAUGAAGGACGUGUAGAGGUUUACUACAAGGGUCAAUGGGGAACAGUUUGUGAUGACAAUUGGGACAUAAACGAUGCUCGUGUUGUCUGCAGACAGCUUGGUUUUCAAGAUGCAGAGGCAGCUUAUCAAGGUCGUAAUGUUCCAGAUGGAACUGGACGAAUAUGGCUUGACGAUGUUUAUUGUAAAGGUCAUGAGUCAGCGCUAUUUUCAUGCAGACAUUCUAACUGGGGAACUCACAACUGUGGUCACAAUGAAGAUGCUGGUGUUCGCUGUAACGCCACUGGAGGUGAGAAUAAAUUUAAAAAAUAACAUUAAUAUAUUCACUCCUAUGACAAUCGUUGUUCUUUUCCAGGACGGAACAUAACAACGCCACGACCAACAUCGCAACCAACGACAGCAUCAAGGCAUUGCCAGUCUUGGCAAUUAAGCUGUAGAAAUGGUCAAUGUAUUCAUCGAUCUUGGGCGUGCGACGGUGUUUACAACUGUGCUGAUAGAAGUGAUGAAGACUGGGUUGUCUGUGGUAAUUCAAUAGAUUCGUUUUUAGUCCCUCAGUGUUUUGUGUUGCCAAUUUGUCUUUGGAAUGGUCGAAUAUUCACUCCCAUGACAAUCGUUGUUCUUUUUCAGGAUGGAACACGACAACGCCAUCGCCGACAUGGCAACCAACGAAUGCAUCAAGGCAAUGUGCGCCCUCGCAAUUCCGCUGUACAAAUGGUCAAUGUAUUGAUCGAUCGUGGGCGUGCGAUGGUGUUUAUAACUGUGCUGAUAGAAGUGACGAAUCUUUGUGUAAUUCUGCAGGUUAGCUAGUCGGUACCAUUUUACUAGUUUAUUGUUGUGAUUUCUUUCACUUUUGCGCGCGCAACCCAAAAACAUCCAAAAUCAAUUCAUUCACUCAUCUGUCUAGAUGUCUAUGGUUUGCACCAGUUCCAAUGUCGGUUAUAUACAAUGUCGGUUUUAACACUCAGUCCCAGACCAAAGUCCUGCAUAUUAACGACGCAACUACGUGUGACAAGAAAUUGUUGCCUUUUAUUCCGCUCUGCGGAGUUUGUUUAAUUAAUAUUCAAUUUUAGAAGUACGACUUGUUGGUGGUUCUCACAAUGAAGGACGGGUAGAGGUUUACUAUAAGGGUCAAUGGGGAACAGUUUGUGAUGACAACUGGGACAUAAACGAUGCUCGUGUUGUCUGCAGACAGCUUGGUUUUCAAGAUGCAGAGGCUGCGUACCAAGGUCGUAAUGUUCCAGAUGGAACUGGACAAAUAUGGCUUGACGAUGUUUAUUGUAGAGGUUAUGAGUCAGCGCUAUUUUCAUGCAGACAUUCUGGCUGGGGAACUCACAACUGUGGUCACAAUGAAGAUGCUGGUGUUCGCUGUAACGCCACUGGAGGUGAGAGUAAAUUUAAAAAAUGACAUUAACAUAUUCACUCCCAUGACAAACGUCGUUCUUUUCCAGGACGGAACACGACAACACCACGGCCGACACAACAACCAACGACUGCAUCAAGAUAUUGCGCGUUUUGGGAAUUUCGCUGUAGAAAUGGUCAAUGUAUUGAUCGAUCAAGGUUGUGCGACGGUGGUCGUGACUGCAAUGAUGGAAGUGACGAAGACUGGGUUGUCUGUGGUAACUCAACAGUUUCGUUUUUAGUCCCUCGGUGUUUUGUAUUUCCAAUUUGUCCUUGGAGUGGACGAAUAUAUUCACUACUGAUAAGAAUCGUGGUUCUUCUUUAGGACGGAACAUGACAACGCCACGGCCGACAUCGCAACCAACGAAUGCAUCAAGGCAAUGUGCGUCCUGGCAAUUUCGCUGUGCAAAUGGUCAAUGUAUUGAUCGAUCAAGGUUUUGCGACGGUGGUUAUGAUUGUGGAGAUGGAAGUGAUGAAUCUUACUGUAAUUCUACAGGUGAAGUUGUCGGCACUAGCUUAUUGUUGUGCUUUGUGUCAUUUUUGACUGCGCAAUCUAAAUAAAUCCCAAAUUAUCUGCCUAGAUGUCUAAUGGUUCACACCCAUUCUAAUGUCGGUUUUUUCAGUUUAUUUCACUAACUUUUUUAACACUUAGUCUCAGAGCAAAGUCCUGUAUAUUAAUAACGCAACUACGUGUGACUAGGAAAUAUGUCCUUAAUAAAUUCUGUUGUGCAUACUCUCAGCUGUAACCGGUUGCUUACUGUGUAGUUUGUUUAAUUAAUGUUCAAUUUUAGACGUACGACUUGUGGGUGGUUCUCACAAUGCAGGACGGGUGGAGGUUUAUUAUAACGGUACUUGGGGAACAGUCUGUGAUGACAAUUGGGACAUAAACGAUGCUCGUGUUGUCUGCAGACAACUUGGUUUCCAAGAUGCCUUGGCCGCUUACCAAGGUCGUCAUUUUCCCGAUGGAACUGGACGAAUAUGGCUAGACAAUGUUGAAUGUGGAGGUUAUGAAUCAGCGUUAUUUUCCUGCAGACAUUCGGGAUGGGGAACACACAACUGUGGUCACAGUGAAGAUGCUGGUGUCCGCUGUGGAAACACUGGUAAUGACAAAGAACAUUAAAUUUCUGAGACUACGAUCAACUUCGAAAUGGACAAAUAUUCAGUAUUUUUGUGGUUCUUUUUCAGGAGGGAACAUAACAACCCCACGGCCGACAUGGCAACCAACGACUCCAUCAAGGAAUUGUGAGCCUUCGGAAUUCCGCUGUAGAAAUGGUCAAUGUAUUGAUCGAUCAAGGUUUUGCGACGGUAGUUAUGACUGUGGUGACGGAAGUGACGAAUCUUACUGUAAUUCUACAGGUGAGGUUGUCGGUACUAGCUUAUUAUUGUGAUUUGUGUCACUUUUGCCUGCGCAAUCUAAAUAAAUCCUAACUUAUCGGCCUAGAUGUCUAUUUUUCAUACCCGUUCUAAUGUCGGGUUUUUUCAGUUUAUUUUACUAGCCAUUUUAACACUCAGUCCCAGACCACAGCCCUGCAUAUUAAUAACGCACAAUACACUCAGUUGUAACCGGUUGCUUACUGUGUAAUUUGUUUAAUUAAUGUUCAAUUUUAGACGUACGACUUGUGGGCGGUUCUCGCAAUGCAGGACGGGUGGAAGUUUAUUAUAACGGUACAUGGGGAACAGUCUGUGAUGAUAGUUGGGAUAUAAACGAUGCUCGUGUUGUCUGCAGACAACUUGGUUUUCAAGACGGUUUGGCCGCUUACCAAGGUCGUCAUUUUCCCGAUGGAACUGGACGAAUAUGGCUUGACAAUGUUCAAUGUGGAGGUCAUGAAUCAGCGCUAUUUUCCUGCAGACAUUCGGGAUGGGGAAAUCACAACUGUCGUCACAGUGAAGACGCUGGUGUUCGCUGUGGAAACACUGGUAAUGACAAAGAACGUUAAAGUUCUGGGACUACGAUUAAUUUCGAAAUGUAUGGACAAAUAUUCAUUAUUUUUGUGGUUCUUUUUCAGUAGGGAACACAACAACGCCACGGCCGACAUGGCAACCAACAACUCCAUCAAGGAAUUGUGAGCCUUCGGAAUUCCGCUGUAGAAAUGGUCAAUGUAUUGAUCGAUCAAGGUUUUGCGACGGUAGUUAUGACUGUGGUGACGGAAGUGACGAAUCUUACUGUACUUCUACAGGUGAGGUUGUCGGCACUAGCUUAUUGUUGUGAUUUGUGCCACUUUUGCCUGCGCAAUCUUAAGAAAUCCUAACUUAUCUGCCUAGAUGUCUAUUUUUCACACCCAUUCUAAUGUCGGGUUUUUUUAGUUUAUUUUACUAACUAUUUUAACACUCAGUCCCAGACCACAGUCCUGUAUAUUAAUAACGCAAAUACGUGUGACAAGGAAAUAUGUCCUUAAUAAAUUCUGUUGUGCAUACUCUCAGUUGUAACCUGUUGCUUACUGUGUAGUUUGUUUAAUUAAUGUUCAAUUUUAGACGUACGACUUGUGAAUGGUUCUCGCAAUGCGGGACGGGUAGAGGUUUAUUAUAACGGUACAUGGGGAACAGUCUGUGAUGAUAGUUGGGACAUAAACGAUGCUCGUGUUGUCUGCAAACAACUUGGUUUUCAAGACGGUUUGGCCGCUUACCAAGGUCGUCAUUUUCCCGAUGGAUCUGGACGAAUAUGGCUAGACAAUGUUCAAUGUGGAGGUCAUGAAUCAGCGCUAUUUUCCUGCAGACAUUCGGGAUGGGGAAAUCACAACUGUCGUCACAGUGAAGACGCUGGUGUUCUCUGUGGAAACACUGGUAAUAACAAAGAACAUUAAGAUUACGAUCAACUUCGAAAUGGACAAAUGUUCACUAUUUUUGUGGUUCUUUUUCAGGAGGGAACAUAACAACCCCACAGCCAACAUGGCAACCAACGACUCCAUCAAGGAAUUGUGAGCCUUCGGAAUUCCGCUGUAGAAAUGGUCAAUGUAUUGAUCGAUCAAGGUUUUGCGACGGUAGUUAUGACUGUGGUGACGGAAGUGACGAAUCUUACUGUACUUCUACAGGUGAGGUUGUCGGCACUAGCUUAUUGUUGUGAUUUGUACAACUUUUGCCUGCGCAAUCUUAAGAAAUCCUAACUUAUCUGCCUAGAUGUCUAUUUUUCACACCCAUUCUAAUGUCGGGUUUUUUCAGUUUAUUUUACUAACUAUUUUAACAUUCAGUCCCAGACCACAGUCCUGUAUAUUAAUAACGCAAAUACGUGUGACUCCUUAAUAAAUUCUGUUGUGCAUACUCUCAGUUGUAACCGGUUGCAUACUGUGUAGUUUGUUUAAUUAAUGUUCAAUUUUAGACGUACGACUUGUGAAUGGUUCUCUCAAUGCGGGACGGGUGGAGGUUUAUUAUAACGGUACAUGGGGAACAGUCUGUGAUGAUAGUUGGGAUAUAAGCGAUGCUCGUGUUGUCUGCAGACAACUUGGUUUUCAAGAUGCUUCGGCCGCUUACCAAGGUCGUCAAUUUCCCGAUGGAAAUGGUCGGAUUUGGCUUGACGAUGUUCAGUGUGGAGGUCAUGAGUCAUCCCUAUUUUCAUGUGGACAUUCUGGGUGGGGAAAUCACAACUGUCGUCACAGUGAAGACGCUGGCGUUCGCUGUGGAAACACUAGUAAUCCUUAA